AAUGACAACGGGCGGGCCGCAUUCUUGGUGCCAACGUCCAACCUCCCGCGUGAACGCCCCCAUCGGUGGCGCCACCCUCCCCCGCCUCAGCCUCCAAUGCGAUCCACAAGCUGGGUGGUCAAGUCGAGACCCGCGAAACAACUCGGGAAACGCCAACACAUCGUCCUCCAGACCGACUCGCAACGCUCCGGGGUCGGGCGGCUCACAUCCGUCGCGGAGAUGCGCCGCCACUGGGUGCUGUUCACCGUCUCCGGCGGGCCCUACCCGUGCAACGUCCGCGUGCCCGUACCGUGGGCGGCCCUCGACGACCUCGAGAGCUUCACCCACGUCAAGCUGUACUUCACGCUGCCCACACUGCCCCGCCCGCACCCGGAGUUCGAGCGCAUCCCGCUCUUCACGAACGACGAGGAGAAUCCGUACGAGUUUGAGUUGGGCGAGGGCAGGGCCUUGGACGCGGAGCGACGAUACGCUCGGAUAACCAGUACCACGUUGGACAUGGGGAUGCAGUGUCCAGCCGAAGGCCUCCGAUGAGAGCAGUCGUGCCUUCAUCUGCGCCGUUGCACGAGUCUUAGCUAUAGUUUGUAAAAAGCAUCUGGAAGAGGGGUAGGCGGAUAGUAGGAAGCGCAGGUCUGCAAAUAUUCGCGAUGAUGCGAUAUAUACGUGUCCUCCAGGUCGUCAGACUGGCUUGCUGUUUCACCAGUAACAGGGCCAUAAGUGACGUUACAGUAAUGGGUCAAUCCAAGCUAUAGCCGCUGACCAGUUGCUCCUCAGAAACAUUCGCAUAAAGUUGGUUGAUCAAGCAAUGUGUGACUGCGACAGAAGAGGAAUGGCACGGCGAACAUUGACCAGCUUGGAGUGGUAAGAGACGAAGCCCAGCCAACCCCAGCCACCAACAACU